AUGGCCCUCAACCCUGCUGCGAAGCGCAAGUCCACCUAUCCAGGAGCACAAAAUGGCUCCGCAGCAGCUCGGAAGCGUGCCAAAACGUUCGAUGCACGCACACUUGCUGCGCAGUCAGCCGAAUCUGCCCUUUCUGCUUCCGGAGAACUCGAUGUUGCUGCGUAUCUUGAAGCUCGUGAAUUCGAAAUUCGUGCCCUAGAGUCGGGCAUGCAGCGAUCGAAGGCUGCCCUGACGAGUCGCGCGUUUCAGCAAGUACCUCGAUCGUUGAGGAGGAGAACGGCCAGCCACAAUGUGAAGAGGGUGCCAAGUAGGUUGAGGGCAAGGGCGAAGAGAGAGAUGAUGGAAGAUAACACACCAACUGUGACCGCACGUCGGAGGAAACCAACAGAGGCCAUGCGCGUCCGUCUCGAAACCGCUAGACGUCUCCAAAACCUCAAUUCCAAGACCAAAGCUAAGAGAGCUCAUUCGAAAGCUAGGCGUGAUAAAGAGAACCAGAAGUCACUGGAAGAGGCGGGUAGUCACUUCUUUGAUAUUGCCCCGCGUGUCCCUAAAAUCAAGAAAAAUAAGCUCUCACGCCCACAUCCGCCAGAGUCCAAAUUCAAAAAGCGGCAAAGAUGCAAGACAUGGCUCCCUACGCACAUGUUUCAUGCAAAGCGAGCCCACAUGACUACGUCUGAGAAUCCUCUGUGGCGAUUCGCCAUUCCUUUGUCCCCGACCGAGAAGAGUUACCGACCGUCUCAUCGGGCGAGGGGCGCUAGGGGCGCUGUGGUUUGGGAUAUGAGCUAUAUGUCCACCAUUCAGCUGGAGGGAACGGAAGGCGCACUAGAAUGUACUCUGAGAGCUGUCGGCGUUGACGGGAAUGAAGUAUGGGGCCCAAAGGGCAAAAAAUGGAAAGCCGGAACAAGAACUUUGCAAGUGUGGACUUAUGGGCGCGAUGGGCCACGGAGACCUAUUGCGCCAGUCACUUUGAUUCGAUGUGCUGAGGAAAAGCCGGGGGACGUUGAAAUGUUGGAUGCGGAUAGUGCCAAAUCUGCGGAGAACAAAAACUCCAUAAAAGACAAGAAGAAAAUUUUUAUCAGAGUACACCCGUCUGCGUUCUUACAAUUGUGGAAUGAGCUCCUCGAGGUUUCGAAGAGACAGAACCCUCCCGUGAUGGUUGAAGAUCUUCGUUUCGAAAUUGGCAGCAUUGAUAUCACAGGUCCGGGCUCCACUGAAGCUCUGUUAGCGGUGCUGAGGCCGGUCGAGUUGGAUGAGAGCGAUAAACCAUCGAACACCCCCGAAUUUACGUGGAACUCUUUACUGGGCGUCUCGAAUCCUUCAUCUCUCCCACAAAACGCCCUUCUUGCAUUUUCCAUAUCUGAUCCUCGUCUCCGUUUCCCGCAUAAGACAAUGAGACCCCCUUCCUCUGAGAAGGACAUGCAAGACCUGGCCAUGACUUUGUCAUCCUGGGCACCUGAUCGUACGCAAACAACACCUUCUAUUUUCGACCGUCGCGCACGCUUGGCUGCCAUCCGCCAACUGCCCAGCCAAAAAGCCAUCAAUCGGCGACGAACUGAAGCUGGACCUGGUCGCCUUCCGACUCCUCGAGAUACUGACCCGCAGAUCCCGGUGAUGCUCCUUGCAACUCGACCCAGAGCUCAAACGAAGGGUAACAAUGCUCCAGGUAGCUGGACUGUACUUCUCCCUUGGAAGUGCGUUCUUCCGGUGUGGUAUGCGUUGAUGUAUUAUACCCUCUCAAGUGGUGGAAACCCGAGACUUGGUGGAUUAAAAGAGCAGCAACAGCUCGCUUUUGAAGCAGGAGAACCUUGGUUCCCUGGUGAUUUCCCUGGCACACGCGCUGGGUGGGAAUGGGGCUCGCGUGACCAAGAACAGUCAAAGAAGGAAUGGGAACGACGGCCUAAGGGGCGGAGAGUUGAAUUCGACAGUAUUGACUUGGGAACUGACCAGAAAGGCGAGAUUGGCCGGGGUUGGGCAUGUGAUUGGGAGAGACUGAUCCAGGGUGUUGGAGCUCUUGGCACCAGCGAUCACAGUGAAAAGCAUAAGAAACUGAAGACUGAGGGCGAAAAUGUUACACGACACGAUGGCGAGAACGAAAAAACCUCUGCAGAUGGUCUUCCGCUCGGUAUACACCACCUACAGCCCGCCGAAGCCGACCGUGCACUCAGAGACCAGAAUUCGAGUGUUGACAACUCGGCUCUUGUGACUGUAAGGAUUUCCUUAUUCAAUCGAGGCACCCCUACUCCGCGAGCUCGAGUCUACCGUCUACCUACCACCAACCAAGAACUUCGUCAGAAAUGGCUUUCUUUUGCAUCAGCUAAACCGGCUGGUGUUAAGUCACCUGCCCGAGAACCUUCCAGCACUAGUUCAGACCCCCAAGCGCGCCUCGCUGCAGCUCUUCUAUCAGCCCAAAUCGAUACAGAUAUUCACCAGGAGCAUUUGCCCCUUCCGCCGGAAGAAGAUCUCAUCGGUUUUAUAACAACAGGGAAUUUCAAUCUCUCUGCUGGUAAGAGCACAGGAGUUGGUUCGAUACAGAUGUCGAAGGUCACUCCAGCUGCUCUCGGAAAGUGCAAGGCUCGAGAAAGAACCAUGUGCAUCAUUCGGGGAGCGGGCGAGAGGGUAGGAAGGCUGGGUUAUUGGGAGGUUGCUUGA